GGCCGGUGCCAGGUCGCGUGCCGGGUCGCGAGCCCUUGGGUAUGAAAUGUAACGGCCUCUCCCCCCCUCCCCGGCCCCUCCCUCCCCCGCCGGCCUCCCCCCCCUCCCCACAGACGGGCCUCAGGCGGCGCCGGGGGCGGAGGCUACGGCGGGAGCGGCGGGGUGCGGGCUGAGGGGAGCAGCGGCCCGACGCCCCCCCUCACCCCCGACCCCGGGAGCCGAGCCUAACCGCGGAGGGGCUGGGGGGGCCCCAGAUGGAGCCCAAAGUCGCUUUCCGUGGAGGUGCGAAUCGCUGCUGGAACAUUAAUGCAGAUACCAGCAGCCGAUUAACUGAUGUGUUCAACAGUGUGAUGUUGACUGGCUCCACUUCCUUCUAUGAUUGCUACAAAUCACAGAGUGAAGACAAUGUAGAUUUACGGCAGACAUACACUCCACUUUCUUCAUCCACAGAAUAUUCAAGUUCUGUUGAUUCUUCCCUUUUCUAUGCACCAUGGUCAACAUAUGGAGAUGAUAUCAAGCAACCUACUAAUUCUCAAAUCAAUGUAAAGAACAGGAUUCAGACUGAAAGAAAUGACUAUGGCAGUGAAACAGACUUAUAUGGACUUGUGUCUAACAUUUUGGAAGAACAAGAUAAGUCACAGCCAUAUUUUGCUGAGGGGACCUGCUCCUCCAACUUAAAGUCAGUCUGGCCCGUGAAUACAAGCAGAUUUGCAGAUCACCAUGACCUCUUGUCAGAAACUAAAAGGCCAGUAGAUACAGCCAUCUCUCAACAAGCUUUUUAUGGUGGUGAAUCUGUCUCAGCAGUGGAAAAGCAGUACCUGCACAGUAGUAAUCUCACACCACAACAGAAAAUAGAUGAACUUUAUCAUGGAUUUACUAGCUUAGACCUUGAAGAGCAAUGGAUGUACCCCUCACGAAGUGAUCAUUCCAACUGUUACAAUAUUCAGACAAAUGAUACCGCUAAGACAACAUUCCAAGAAUAUCCAUUUAUCAAAAACUGUUUUACACCACAAGCUGGCCUAUCUGAUAUCAUGAAAGAAUCUGGGGUUGAUACUUACCCUUAUGGAAGAGAGAAAAUGUGUGCCAAAGGGCUUGAGGCACCAUUACAGCAAAAAAGGGCAGAGAUAUUUCUUUCUCAAUUCAAUAGAUACAAUGAAAAUGCCGAUUAUUGUAGAUAUCCAGAAUAUUCUCAUCCCAAUAAAGCUAAGCUAAAUAAAUGUUCAAAUUUUAGUGUUCAAGAUAACAAAAAAUUAGCCAAUGGAACACCUGAGACACCAGCUGUAGAAACAGACACGUACACUAAAUUAUUUCAAGUUAAACCAACAAAUCAGAAAAAAAUGGAGGAGACUAUACAAGAUCAACAGAAUUUUACAUUUUCAAAGACUACACCACAUUUAACAGAAAAGCAGUUUGCAAAGGAAGCAGCAUUCACUGCUGAUUUUGGGUUAAAAUCGGAAUAUGGACUGAAAUCUCACACAGCUUGCCCAGGUAAUAAUGAUUUUGCUAGUGUCUCAGAAAAAGCACAGUUUUCUAAACCUGAGCCCCAGAAUUCUGAAUAUUUUAAAUCAGUGAAUUUAUUAUCAAACUCAGCAACAUCUUCCGGAGGUAUCAACAUAAGUAGGCCAACCUGGAUGAAUGUUCAAACAAAAAACAGCACUCCUGUGCCAUAUCGAAAUCAAGGUAACUUGAUGAAACUGAAUAGCCAUUUAAGUGCAGCUUCAAAAGGUGGUAACCAUUCUUCAGAUUUUCCCCAACUAUCAUCUACAAAUUUAACCCAAAAUAGUAAUUUGUUUCAGAAAUAUUGCCAAGAAAAUCCUUCAGCAUUUUCUAGUUUUGAUUUCAGUUACAAUGGUACAGAAAGAAUUCAGUCUGUCAAUCAUAUGGAAGGACUGACUAAGACUGGUGAAGAAAGUCUCUUUGAAUCAGUUACAGAUAAAAAAAUAAAGCAGCCAAAUGGAUUUUGUGAUAACUAUUCAGCUCAGCAGUAUGGGAUCAUUGAAAAUGUGAACAAACAUAAUUUUCAAGCUAAGCCCCAAAGUGGACAUUAUGAUCCUGAGGAAGGACAGAAGCAUUUAGAUGGUUUAUCUCAAAAUACUUAUCAAGAUCUGUUGGAAUCACAAGGUCACUAUAAUAGCCACAGACAGGGAAGUGGAGACAACAAUAUUGUUAAUAACCGUGUGAAUCGUACGCAAGCCUCAUGCUUUUCUAAUAAUUACAUGAUGGGAGACUUAAGGCAUAAUCAGAGUUUUCAGCAACUUGGUUCAAAUGGAUUUCCCUUGCGAUCUACUCAUCCAUUUGGCCAUUCUGUUGUUCCACUAUUGGAUUCCUACGAUUUGUUUUCUUAUGACGAUUUAAGUCACUUAUAUCCUUAUUUCAAUGACAUGAUGUAUGGUGAUAAUUCCUUUUCUGGUUUUGUGCCAACGUUUGGAUUUCAAAGGCCAAUUAAAACCCGAAGUGGACCAGCAAGUGAACUUCAUAUUCGUCUGGAAGAGUGCUAUGAACAAUGGAGAGCAUUAGAAAAAGAGAGAAAAAAGACUGAAUUGGCUCUUGCCAAGAACUAUCCAGGGAAGAAAGUUUCCAGUACUAAUAACACUCCAAUUCCAAGGCUGACCUCUAACCCAUCAAGAGUUGAUCGUCUAAUUGUGGAUGAACUACGAGAACAAGCCAGAGUUGUAACUUUACUUGGCAAAAUGGAACGUCUUCGCAGCUCUCCCCUUCAUGCCAAUAUUUCUACUGCUCUUGAUAGACACUUGGAGUCUAUUCACAUUGUACAGUCACGUAGAAAGGAUGAAAUUGUAAAUGCUUCAAAUCGGCAAAGGCAAGGAGUUCCUAGAUGCCAAGAUGACAGAGGUACCAAUCAAUAUUCCUUCUUUGAUGUGUUUGCCCUUGCCUCAGCCAUCAAAGAGAUGUGUGUGGCUACUCGGAAAGCACGCACUACCCUGUGGUGUGCACUGCAGAUGACCUUGCCCAAAACAGCCAGUACUGCUGGCCAAGUGGAUGUGGAGAAGGCUUUACAGGAUAUAGUAAACUGUGAAGAUAAAGUCCAUGAAAGUAUAAAUAGCAGCAAUCCUAUGAACCAGAGAGGUGAAACAAACAAACAUUAAGGAAAUGCCAGCAGAACAUGAAGAAUAAAAGCUGUUAAGUAAAUGUAUCAAGACAUUCUAAAGUAAUUUUAAUGAACUUUUCAAGCUCGAGAAUUUCAGUACAUUAAUUUUCUUCCAGAUUUAAAGUUAAUACCUUAAUGAAGUUCGACUUCUAUUUUUUUUUAAAAAAAAUCUAGAAUACUAUUUCUAAUGGAUCAGAUAUAGUUAAAAGUGAACUCUCAAAGGUAAAGUUGACUACUCUAGGAGUUCUAGCUAGUCAAAGAUAACAGGUUAGUUUAAGUAAACUGAAUAUUUCCUAACAACUAAAGUAUUACUUAAACCUAUUCUGCAGUGCAGGUAAACGCAAAUGUGAAAUUCUUCUAGGUGAUAAGUUUCAUUUAGGUUUGCCUUAGUAAGUAAUAAUUCCAAAUAAUGAAUCUAAGUGACUGUAACCCAACUAGGACUACAGUCUUGUAACCAAGACAAGUUUUGAUUGUGAUGUAAAAGCGUUUUCCUUGCAAAACUGGAUAAUACCUGGGAACCAAAGGAAAACAAGGCUAUACCCAAUAUUCAUGUAAAAAUUUAAUAUUUAAAAUACUACCAUAUUUAUAAAUUUGAAAUCUUAGCGCCUAAAUUUAUGGAGGGAAAUGCAUCUGAUUCUCCUAAAUUAGUGAUAAAAGUGCCAGUGUAAAAACCAUGCAAGUUACUGAAUAUAAAACCUGUUCAAAUCAUUUGUGUAUAUUCUUUAAAAUUUAAUUAUAAUAUCAAUUAUUAAAUGUUGCCAAUUUUAAAGUAUUUAAAUUGAAUCAAAACAUAACAUUUCCAUUAUCUGAAUCUUUUAGAAAGACUUGCUGCACAGCAACUGAAAUAAUGACUAUAGUUCUAAUACCCUUGGUUUUGCUGCUUUUAAGAGGGUAUCACGAGGUUCUAAAAUGUAUUUUUUUAAAGUUACUCUUUAGCUAGUUUGGUUUACAAUUGGUUAGUGUAUAUUUCGUGUAGUUGUGUUCAUUAGUUUGCUUCUGUAUUUUUUUUUGAGAGCUCUUGAAAGCUUGGCUUUUUCUGUUUCUCAUCACUUAAUAUCUUUGUAUUGAACGUGAAUAAUUUAUUCAUUAAUAUGAAAUGUUGUAUUAUGUGGCUCAGAAGACCUUGGGUUUUAACAAUUCUAGCAUGAGUUAAACUAUAAUAUAAUGUACUGAUGAAAUUUAAUUGAACUACCCUUGACUAGAAAUACUGAUGUUUUAAAUAUCAGUGUUCUUCCUAGUUUUAGAAAUCCUGGUAUGCAAAAGGAGUGUAAUCACACCACAUAAAUUUUCUUUAGAUGAUGUGCGGAAGAAACUGAUUGAGAAUGCAGGAGAAACUGUAGUGAAACCAUUUUGAUCAUUGAUAUGCCUUAAGAGAACUGCCCAAAUGAAUUACAUUGAGGGUAGCCAAAUAAAAUAGAUCACCCCACCACAGUCACUGCACAGAAACUGGUUAAGUUUGACAUAAGACAUGUUGGAUGUUAUGAAAACAAAUAUUGUACUGAAUUUAGACUGUCAGGUAAGAAAUAAAUUAGCAUUUGUUGAAAA